AUGAUUAUGGUUGAUGCAAUUUUCAGGUGGGAUGUUAAUUGCAUGGAUGAACUGCGAGACUAUAUGCAAAUAUAUUAUCAAACACUUUUGAAUCUUUUCAAUGAAGUUGAGGAUGAGAUGGUGAAGCAAGGCAAUUCAUACCGAACUUACCAUGCAAAAGAAGCUGCGAAAGCUUCAUGCCGAGCUUACUUUGCUGAGGCCAGAUGGUUACACGAAGGAUGCAUCCCAAGCAUGGAGGAGUAUAUGCAUGUUGCAACAACUACUGUUGGUAACCACUUACUUGCAACCAUAUCUUUACUUGGCAUGGGAGAUGUUGUAACGAAGGAGGUAUUUGAGUGGUUGUUCAGUAACCCUAAAAUUCUUAGAGCUUCCAAUAUCAUGUUUAGGCUCAUGGAUGACAUUGCUGGGUCCAAGUUUGAGAAAGAGAGAGGGCAUGUUGCUUCUAGUAUUGAUUGCUACAUGAAGCAAUAUGGGGUCUCAGAGGAAGAGACACUUGAUGUUUUCAACAAACAAGUUGUGGAUUUGUGGAAGGAUAUAAACGAGGAGCUCCUUAUAAAGCCAACUGCUGUGCCAAGGCCUGUCCUCGUGCGCGUUCUCAAUUUAACAAGAGUUGUGGAUCUGCUUUACAAAAGGGGAGAUGACUUCACACAUGUUGGAAAACUCAUGAAAGAUACUGUUACUUCCCUUUAUAUUGAUCCUAUGCCACUUUAA